UGUUUCAAAGCCAUUGAAUGGUUGAGAACGGCAGCAGAAAGUUUUCUUGAGAGAAACCAGAUUCCUCUAGAGUCAUUUGGCUUCUUGGCCCUGGCUGUAUUUGUGGCAGUGACUUUCAUCUGGUGCAUCAGCAAUGGAUGUAAACAUGCUUCUGGCGUUGAAUCACCAAGAUCAACGAAAGUUGUCUCAAUCUUUGAGCUUGCUAAGACAGUUCAUCAUCCAGGCCAUGCAGGCCAGGUUAAGGCCCUUGUAAGCAAGCUUCAAUUUGACGUGAACUUCCCCAUCCCCCAAAGUGGAAUGACCCUCUUCCUGUAUGCUUGCAUCAGUGGCCACAAGGACCUUGUAAAUUUCCUUUUGGAAAGAGGAGGGGAUGUGUCAGUAGCCAACAAUGAUGGAGACACCUGCUUGUACCUGGCAACAUUUGCAUGUGCAGGUUCACCGAGCCAAGAUCUCAGCAUUCUAGAGCUGCUCAUUUCAGCAGGUUGUGAUGUGAAUGCUCAAAACCAUAAGGGCAACACUGCACUGCACUGGGCUGCCUCAAAGGGUGACAUCAACAUCAUCAAAUUACUUCUCAUAAAUGGAGCUAAUCCCAACAUCAGAAACAGCAUCGGGAUGUACCCAAUCAGCAUGGCAACCAAUGCCGGGUACCUGAAAGCUGGCAAACUCCUCAAGAUCAGCCUACCUGAUCCCAGCACCCCACGGGACAUGUUUGAGCCCCACACCCCACUCUCUGUCAGACUGGGCCUACUUAGCCCACGCAAGGAUCACCUGGCUCUCUCACCAAGGCCAAAGAAGCGCAUCAACUUGUCCUAGAGCGUCAUUGAUGCUAGAUUUCUGCCAUGUUUUAUUACAAUGGCUGCAUUGUCAGCGUUGAUUUACAGUUCAAUAUAAAUGACACGUCAUAAAAUUGACCAAAAAAGCUUAAAUAAUAUUUAUUUUCCACUAUUUAUUCCAGUCUCAAAUCACAGACUUAAGUUUGGGUUUAUUUUUAAACCAAUACAUGUAUUUAAUGGCAUAUUCAGUAACCUAAAUAUUUACAAAGGUUUAAAGGAAAAGACAAAACACUGACUUCUUUACUUUGAACUGAACUGAACUGAAC